AUGGCCAGCCCCGCGCGGUCCGGCUUCCCUGCGCGCGCCAACAGCCGCCUGGACGCGUUCCUGCGGCGGCAUCUGCCGCCCGAGGUCUACGAUGGCAUCCGCGCUUACUAGCCAUGCAUCGUGCUGUCCGACUCGGAGAACCACACCUUCAAGUACGUGGUGCUCAGUGACCGGCUUAUCUACCUGACCGAGAACCCGCCCAAGUCCAUCCAGCAGGUCGUGGCGCUGCGGGACGUCGUGGCCAUUGACCUGAUUGAUGAUUACCCAGAAUUUUUGAGUUCCCCAGAGAGAGAAAUCAACCAACACAUUCGUAUCAUCUAUUCUUCAACUGUUUUGAAAAAAGAGUGUGAAAAGUCAAAAGGUGUCAGAAAGUUCCUGGUUCCAUUUCAUUAUGCCAAAGCUAAGAAAAAAGUCAAGGAAGAGAAUAAUGGCCCUGUCUUUUGGAGAGGCAAAGAACCUAGAAGUCUGAAUGACUCCUCUCUCAGGUACCACCAGGAGAGCAGCACGCCGUCCAAGGACUCUACUCUCUGUCCUCCUUCAGACAUCAAGAAGCUGUCCCUUCAAGGCCAAGGUGCCUUUCGACCCUUACCUUCCCCCUCCAGGAGGAGCUGUCAUUCCGUACCACCUACUGGCCAGGCUGUCAGCGAGCCAUCUUGCACAACAAACACAAAAGAACCCCAGGGACUUCCAGAUCACAAAGACUCUCUAAGUGAAAUUCCUUUUAAGAGCAAUGGGAACGGAAAGGAGUCUUACUUAGGAAAUUCCUUCCUGGCUUCCCCUUUACAGAGCAACUCAAACCCAGAGAAAAAGGAGUCGGAACUUCAUUUGUAUGUUAUUUCCACAACCUCAUCAAUAUUUCUGCACUUAAGAAGUUCAUGGAAAAAUUACAUUAUAAAAGCUACGCUUUUACAAGAUCCCCUAUGUGCCAGUGAGUUCAAUCCUGCUACCGGAAGUCAAAAGCCAUAUAGAUCUGAGGAGAAAAUUAAGCACUUCAGUCAACUUAAAUCUGAACUUAUUCUUAAAGACAAUACUUUGAGGAAGAUACUUUGUUUAAUUACGGAACUUAAAGUGGCAGCCCGGAAAAACUUCAUCCUGAAAAGGCUUUUCUGGAAAACCAGUGACCUUUUCAAUUUCCUAGUGAACAAACUUCUGCAUGCCAGUAGUGGUGGUGCAUGCCAGGCAUGUAUUGAAAUUAUACAGACCCUAGGACUGAUGUUCAGAGAAACAGAAACUGAGUCAUCACACCUAAACACAUUGGCAGCUAAAAAGGGAACACUAUUUAAUCUCUUGGUAAUUUUAAUUAGUGAGCCUCAGAUUCCAAAAUCUUGUCCCAUGUUUGAUAUCCAGUUGGUGGCUGAUUCGACUUUAGUUGAAAUGUCUUUUGAUGCUAAGUUACAGAAGCUUAUCCUGGAAUAUACAGAUACAGCUACAGCACUUUUAUAUGAGAUACUUCUUGUCUUUCAGCAGGGAAAUCUUGGAUUGGGUUCCACCAAGUUUGCUAUUAACUGGAUGAUGUCCUUUCUACAAAGUUGUCCUCCCAUAAUUACUUUUGUGGCCAGUAUCGUGAAACAAGCGGUGAAGGGGCUUUCGGCUUCAUUUCAGCUGCUCAGUCCCUGCCAAGCCGUCCUGUUGUACCAGCAGUUUUACAUCCUCAAGAGCUGCCUGCAGUACAGCAAGACUCUAGCUGAGUAUAUUAGGAAUGACUACAGAGAAGAAUUCAGGUACUUUAUUCACAUGCCAGCCUUGGAAAAAGGGCUCCCAUUGUGUUACCCUAUUACUCAACCUACUACUCAACUUUUUCAUGAAGUUCUGAAAUUGGUUGAACAGAAACAAUGUGUAAAAUGUUACUAAGAGUACAAAAUGUUAAUCAGGAGUCAGCUUAAUAUUUAUGAGAACCAUUUUUGAUUUAUUUUAUGUCUGGCUAUCUGCAAGUCUUAUAAACAAAGAUGUUAUUUGAAUGGUCCAUCAAUGCCUCUCAAAGAAAAGUCUUUCAAGUUUU